GCAAUGUUCUCCCUGCCCACAGCUGGGCGGCUGUAGGCGAGGAGAGGGAGGCGGCGGGGGGCGGAUCCAUGAGGGGGCUUUGCAGCGUCUCGCUUUAGUAGCAGCCGUCUCUACACCUGCUGCUGCGAGUCGGCGGCGCUGGCGGGAGCGCGCAACCUGUCUCGCUGCCUCUUCCGCGCCGGCGGAGCCAUGGACAGCCGCGCGCUCUAAGCGACUGAAGGGCAGGCGCCGGAUUCUCGACGCGGGCGGGGGGAUGUGUGGACUGAGCCGCCCCACAAAUGGCUCUCAGCGAGGAGGCGGCGGCGGCUCCUACCGCCCCGAGGUGUGAGCCUCCUGUGCGCCUGCUGGGGUUCCUUGCGGCAGGCAUCUCGCGGGCUUGGGCGGCCAGCGCUCCCCUUCGCCUGCUGCCGCUGCCAUGUCCUGAGCCAAGAAGCGCCCGGACGGCGGCGGCGGCGGCGGGCGGCAAAGGCCCCCUCUUCAAGGCUGCCAUGCUCCUUGGGGUGCUGUUACUCCUUUGCCAACGCGUCCAGGCGGAGCAAGGUACUGAGCAACAGCAGCUAAAUGUUGCCCCCUCUUCAGAGUCUUUUACCAACUGGAGAGCUAUAUUAUCACCAACAUGGCCUUCUAGAGAACUUGAGUCUUCCUCAGUGGGCGACAUUUCAAUGAGGCAAGCCCUGGAGAAUGCAAAUCUGCUUCAGAUAAUAAAAAGUACAUUAGCGGGGACACGGACCAGAACUAUGGAUCAAACUAGGUUUUUGCCAAGUUUGUAUCAAGGCAGUGGCAACAGUGCAUCCCAGGAGCCUCCUGAGGUAUCAGCUGAAUCGCCAAUGAGGUCUCAAGAUGCGGAUGAAUUGGCUAUUGUAUCAGGUUUGCCCCAAAUCCAUGUGUUCUCCAGUGCAUUGUCCACAUCGCCAUCAGUGACACGUUCAGCUACUACUGUGUCAUCUCAGAUAAUGCCAUAUACAACAUCUUCCAUUUCAAAAGAAAUCACAUCAGGAUCAGACAUAUUCUCAACAUCUCCAUCACCACCACCUUUGCCAUUAGCAACAGAAUCACCUCAUGUCAUUAUUGUUUCUAAGUUGACUGAGCCACCUAUCAAAGUGCCUUCAUUCACAGAUACAGAACAUUCAUUCAACAUAAACACAGCAAAGUUUUAUUUUAAUAAAAGUGCAAAAACCCCACGAAGUACAAUAAUUGCUGGAAAUUCUAGCACAACAGAGUACACAUUAUCUAGAAAGGGUGGCAAAGAAUUCUCAGUUGCCACCUCUUUGAGUAAUAACUUUGGAUUGAUGAGAGGACAUCCUAUAAUACCAGCAGAAAGGCACACACACCCAGGGAGUAGGAAACUUAAUUCUCCUGCUUUGCAUGCAAUAAUACCCAAUCAGACCUCUAUUUUUUUAUCUACUAAAGGAGUACCAUUGAAUGUUAGUAAAAAAAAUGCCUUCCCUGGAUUAAUUAAAAAAGCAUCUUCUGUAGCAGCACUUACCAGUCAACCACGCAAUGCAAUGAUACCAUACAGAGAGACUAAUGACUAUGCAACAGUGUCAUCCCCAGUUCUUACCAGCAAGACAGCAAUUCCUUGGAUUUCUACAUCAACUCUUCAUAUCUCAAGUAUUCCAUCUGUACUAGUAAAGAUCUUAACCAGUUUACCUACUGCAUCACUGUCUGAAUCCACCAAAGAGAUACCUUUAUUAUCAACUUCUGAAAGCCCGACAAUACUUUCUCAUUUGAUGAAAAAUGUGUCGUCUUCAACAUUGCCAACUCUAGUUAUUUCAGAGGCAAUGAACGUAAAUAAUGCAAUAACCCAAGUACCAGCACCUGAAAGCCCACCAGUCUCCUAUUCAACAGAUAAAGCCACUUCCUUGAUAGUGAGGAUAAAUAGGGCUUCUAUUGCAGCAACACAUACUACUGAUUCAGCACCAAAUGAUAAAGUCAUCUCAGAGAUUCAUUUGACAGAUUCUCAUGUCACAAAGGGCACUUCUGAUAUAGCUUCUGAAACUAGUGCAACUGCACCUCCCACAGCUUCUGAAGCUCCACUGUGGUCUCAUAAUUAUUCCUUGGUGAGAUCAUUGCAACGUCGGUCUUUUGCCAAAGAUACUACAGCCAAAAUGUUCCCAAAUACAGAUACUAAUACUGUUCUUCCUUAUCAGUCACCCGGGACACAAACUACAAACUCUGGUCUAGAAAUGUCUGUUGGCAAGGAAACACCAUGGAGAACAAUGCUUGAGAGAAUUUUGUCAGUAGAAGGCACCAGCACUACUGCAUUUUCAGUAUCUUUGCCAACUUCCAUUGGAGGUCCCAUGAAAUCUUACUCUGCUGCUACAUCUAUAUCUUCUCCUAGUUAUUCAAGAAAUGUACAGCUAUCAACUUCUAUCAUGCAAAACCCACCUGUUAGGUUAACAGAAGAAGAGGGGGGAAAUGCAAAGAUACUAACUACUGUAACACCACAGACAGAACAUUUAUUACAUCCAUCCUUAAAUAAAUCUGAUGCGAAACUUGAUGUACUUCUGCAUAUGACUGAGGCAUCCUCCCAGUCUAAUAUUGUGCCUUUGGGCAUAUAUGCAUUACCAUCAUUUACUCCAGCAUUAGAACCUUUGGGAAGCCCAGCACCAUCUUCCCUAGAAGUUUCUAAUGCUACUUCUAAAAGCACUCCAGAUACAUCAAACACAGGAAGGAAUUUCCAACCCACAGCUUCAACCUCUGAAUGGAACACUGGAGGCUGGCAGUUUUCACCUGGUAUUAGUGUAUCUUCAGGAAAGAGAACCAGCCAGAUAUUCCAAAAUGCAAAGGAUCAUGCAAAGUCUAUAGCUUUAAAAACAGUGUCUUCAGAGGUUCCAGACCUGCAGCAGCAAACAAAUUAUGCAAAUAAACAUAUGCCUUCUAGCUCUGAAACAUCAUCUAUAGCAUCUGUCCAUAAUAUUUCAACUUCAUCUUUCACUACAACAAAGUCAAAUAGAUUUACAGAUUUCAACACACACUCAUUUGCUAUGGAAAAGACUUUUGAUAAGUAUUCUUCCCUUCCUCAGAGCCAAAGGACCCUCUCAAAGAGCACAGAAGUAGUAUCACUGCAAUCAAAAAAGGGUAUAAAUACCCCUGGAAAUGUACUGGAGUAUUUUACCAUGGGGAAUAGUUUCACUUCAAACUCUGGAAAAAAAACCCAUCCUACACCUAAGGAACUCACAGCUGCUAAUGCAGGAAUAUCUCCUAGCAUGGAUGCAUUUUUCCUACAUUUCUCAAUGUAUUCUCAUUCACAGCCCUCUGCUUCUUAUGCCAGCUCCCAAACUAUGCUGAAGCCUCAAGCUACUAAUUCCGUGGACCUUUUUGUAUCCUACACAACAUCAUCUCCGCCGGCUUCUCAGUUCAUUGCUAAAUUAACUGGUUUAGCAAAUGAUAAAAUUAGUUCUUUUAGCAGGACAACAGCAAGAGUUGCUCCCAUCCCAGGUCACGAAAUGCUAAACUCAACUUCAGUAUUAAAUCUCACUGAAGAAUACAUGACUUUAGGAAAACCGACACAGUUCACUAAUCACCCCUUUUCAGAAACAAAUAAUCACUUGAGUAAACACCCAUCAGCAUUUAGUACAGGAGGGUGGCACACAGAAGGUACAAGGGGCAUCUCAGAUACAACUAAAGUGCCUGUUGAAGCCACUCGGGUCACUCCAUUGCAAACACAUACCACCAGUGCUUUGCAGUCAGCCAUCAUAACCUCUGUCCAUGCAUCACCAACACAACUAACUUCUCCUUUGUUGCCAACAACCAACUUUACUCAUUCUGUCAUUACAGUGUUACCGCCUGUGUCUCCUGGUGUAAUACCAUCUGUAGCAACUUCAGAAGCAACCCCAGUUACAGGAAAAUCAGCUCCAACAUCACCUAUGCUGACUUCAUCUUUGUUCUCACUGAGCACUGAAAAUUCGCCAUCUGUGAUGGCAUUAAGCACGCUAAUAUCAACACUAGCAAAAAAUAACACUGCCACAAAAAUGGCACCAACUGUAAGCCCAGUAGUGACACAUGCAGUCUUUCCAGUUGUAUCUAGAGACAAGUCUACAACACCUGUGCAUACCACUAGUUCAUUUCCCCUCACAAAAACUAGCACAGUUUCAGCUCCCACAACACAGGCAUCACCACCAACUGAAACAACAGUACUUGACACCAAGAAAUCCACAAGCUCAGACAUCACUAAAACAUCAACUGCAUACCCACUGACAAUUACAGCAGCUUUGACAUCUAUUACAGCAUCAGCGAAAACAACUAGACUUCUUCCUACACCUGCCGAAAACACUUCUGCUGCUGCUGCUACUACUACUGCACCAGUGUCAACUGCAGCUUUUGCUAAUGUGACAACUGCUCUUCCUUUGGAAUGCCAGCUCUCCAGAAACCUUCUCAUCAAGACAGUUUUGCUUCUGAACACUAGGAAACUCCUGCUGAGUGACUCCCUAAAGCAGAAUGUCACAAAAGGUCUCACCCAGGCAUUGCAACAAGCUUUCAACCAAAACGUCAAUGCUCAAGUUGAAAUUCUGGAACAAUCAAACAAUGUGACAGUUGGUUACUAUGUAACUCAGGAGAGACUGGUUUUCAUACCUUCUGUGGUUAUUGACAUGCUAAUUGCUUAUGGUGUUAGUAAUGCCACUUUGGAUAUCAAGCAACACGUGCCAAAUCUUCAUUCUGUUGCUGUGUUAGCCUUGCCAUGGAACCCACUGCCAGCAUACCACUUUCAGCUAAAAACAGAACUGCAGUUUGUGGGGCAAUCAGAAAAUAUACAGUCAUGUAGUUUUGUUCAGACUAUGGAACAAAGAUUGCAGAAAGCAUUUCAGGAUGCUGAGAGAAAAGUCUUGAACACCAGUAACAAGUUAACUGUUCAGAUUCUCAAUACAUCAAAUGUUUCUCAGGCUGUCACUCUGUUUUAUGUGGUGAGAAAUGAAAGCACAGUCUUAAAUGGCACAGUGUCAAGCAACCUUCUUAAUCAUCUUUCAGCAGAACUGGUGGGAUUCUAUCUCACAUACCCACCUUUGACCAUUGCAGAAGCUUUGGAAUAUCCAAAUCUUGAUAUAUCAGAAGCAACUAGAGACUAUUGGGUGAUUACAGUUAUACAGGGAGUUGGCAUUACAUUGCUGGGGGUGAAUAACCAGAGUUUUGCAAGACUAAUGGAACAGCGUUUAGCACCACUGUUCAUGAUGUCCCAUCAACAAGGAAGGCGAUUUAAACGAGCCACUACAGUCGGCAGCUACACUGUGCAGAUGGUAAAAAUGCAGCGAAUCCCAGGUCCCAAGGAGCCUGCUGAACUGACUUAUUACACGUUAUACAAUGGGAAACCUUUGCUGGGCACAACAGCUGCCAAAAUUUUGAGCACUGUUGAUUCACAACGAAUGGCCUUGACAGUGGGAUAUGUUGUUCAAGUACAAGCUGAUCCUGUGGUGAAAAACCCACCCAAUAACUUGUGGAUCAUUGCAGCUGUGUUGGCUCCCAUUGCUGUGGUUACAGUAAUCAUUAUCAUCAUCACAGCAGUUCUGUGCAGGAAGAACAAAAAUGACUUCAAGGCAGACACCAUGAUGAACCUACCACAGAGAGCCAAGCCAGUUCAAGGUUUUGACUAUGCCAAGCAACAUUUAGGCCAACAGGGAGCUGAAGAUGAAGUUUUGCCUGUAACACAGGAGACUGUAGUACUACCACUUCCCAUGAGAGAUGCUUCUGCCUCCCAGGAGAGGGAAAUUAUUCAAGAUGGGAGCACAGCUAAAACUGCCAAGUCCAAUGACACAAGAAAGAGCAGGUCGCCUAGUGAGAAUGGUUCUGUCAUCAGCAACGAAUCAGGAAAGCCCAAUUCAAGCAGAGGCUCUCCACAGAAAGUAAUGGCACAGCAGAAAGUGACAAAAGAGGAGGGAAGAAAGAGAAAUGGUUUUAAAUCUUCAAAGAAAAUUGUGCCGAUAAGUGAUGAAGAGGAGGGAGGCAUGUUCUUUGAUAAUGUUGCUAAGUCUGCCAUUGAUCCGUUUGACACAUCCUCUGGAUCUGUACAGCUGAUUGCUAUAAAGCCUGUAGCUUUGCCUCCUGCGCAUCCAACAUCAGACAGGAGUCAGGAAACUGCUAUCCUUAAUGGGGAGGUUAACAAAGCCUUGAAACAGAAAUCUGAUAUAGAGCACUAUCGCAACAAAUUGCGCCUGAAAGCCAAGCGGAAAGGUUAUUAUGAUUUUCCCCAAGUUGAUAAUAAUGCUCUGGCAGAAAGAAAAAAGAUGUAUGAAAAAGCACAAAAUGAAAUAGAUCGUAUUUUGGAUCCUGAUACAGAUGGAUCCUCUCCAUUUGUAGAACCCAAAAACAGGCAGCAGAUGAAGAACUCUGUUUAUCGGAGCAGGCAGUCUUUGAACAGCCCCAGUCCAGGAGAAACUGAAAUGGAUCUUCUAGUUACACGAGAGAGACAAAGGCGUGGUAUCCGCAACAGUGGAUAUGAUACUGAACCUGAAAUGAUAGAAGAAACAAAUGUUGACCGUGUCAAUGAACCCCGAAACUAUACCAGAACCCAUCAAGCAAAAGGCCAUUCAGAGACAUCAACUCUGAGUUCUCAGCCAUCCAUUGAUGAAGUCAGACAACAGAUGCACAUGUUACUGGAAGAAGCUUUUAGUCUGGCCUCAGCAGGCCAUGGAGGACAGGGCAGGCAACAAGAUGCUUACAGUUCCACACAGCACUUGCCAUAUUCUGAUGUUGUGACCAGUGCUCCUGGUACCAUGUCCCGACCCAGAGGGGGAAUACAGUGGGUGCCUACAUAUAGACCAGAAAUGUAUCAGUACAGCUUACCAAGACCUGCUUAUAGGUUUUCUCCACUCCCUGAAAUGGUGAUGGGUUCUCCACCUCCUCCUGUGCCUCCCAGAACAGGACCAGUUGCUGUCACCUCUCUUAGGAGGUCGACAUCUGAUAUUGGCAGCAAGACAAGAAUGUCAGAGUCCAGUGGCACUGAACAGAUACAGCCGCAUGAUCAUGCCCCUUUUGUCCCAGUAUCAAGAGCCCCAGUAUCUGUGGCUCCAUUGGAUCAAUCAGCUUUGAAUUACUCAGGAAGUACAGUUCCAGCGGUAUUUGCCAUCCCAGCAGCACACCGACCUGGGUUCACAGGCUAUUUCAUCCCAACACCACCUACAGCAUACAGGAACCAGGCCUGGAUGUCCUAUGCUGGAGAAAAUGAUUUACCAGGGCAAUGGGCUGAUUCGGUCCCACUCCCCGGCUACAUAGAAGCUUAUUCACGGCCACGCUAUCAGCAUAACUCUCCAUCGAGGCUUCCUCGUCAGUACAGCCAACCAGCAAAUAUGCAUCCCAGCCUGGAACAAGCCCCACUUCCCUCUACUGCUGCAUCUCAACAGAGUCUAACUGAAAAUGACUCAUCUGAUAACCCUCUCAGCAGUCUUUCUACAGCUGCUCUGGUGAAGGCAAUAAGAGAAGAAGUUGCCAAGCUAGCCAAGAAACAGACAGAUAUGUUUGAGUUUCAGGUCUGAUGGCUUCUUGUGUUGAAAGAUUGCAUUGCAUAACUUAGAGGCUUCUGUCUUUCACAUCAGACUUGUCAUGGCUUGUGCCAAAGGGAUGCCAUUUCCCCUCCUAUUCAGAAACAGUUGACACUGUUUUUUUUUUAAUGGGAGUAAAUAGAACAGUUAAUUUGAAGAUUGACUCUCUGCCCAUUAAGGCAGGUGUUCCCAGGCAACGCUUUGUUAAACACUGAUAUAUUUAUGGUAUACAAUUGUCUGACACAUACCUCUUUAUUCUAUGAAAUCUUUGUUGAUGGAGACAUUACUAAACCAUAUGCCUGUCUAAUAUUCCAGUAUAUUGAGCUUGGGAAGCACAAAUAGAGAUCAUUUUGAAGCAACAUAUGCAUGAAAAAAAGAAAACUUUAUCUUUCUGGACUAGAAAUGAUAGUAAAAUCAGAAACAAUAAGGGCCAUUUAGUAAUACAUUAGUGGUCAAGCUGAUGCAUUUUGGACAUUCUCAGAAAUUGACUGUGCAAAUCAAUAGAGCUCAGUCCUGCCUAGAAACUACAUUUGAAUCAUUUGUUGUGAAUGAGCCCUGUAGAGUCCUUUGUAAAUAUCCUCAAACUCAUAAUCUUUGUUCAUAAUCCAAAAGCCAGAACUGUGAAAAGGCAUACUAGUGUAAUUGGUGUCUAAAGUACAGGUGUAAUGUUACUGUUGAAUUACACAGAAGUGUUUUCAAUACCCUGUCUCUCUCCAUCAUGAAAUGGAAAAGAAAAUUGACAAAGUGAGUGGGUGUUAAAAGCUCCCUGGAACCUCCCAAUGAAAACAAAUUCUUUGAAUGUGUCCUACAUUUAAAAGGCUUUCAUUCAGAACACACGGUGAAACUGGUAAACUUGAGAACCUUGAGUCUAUCUCGGCUUGGAAUAAUGAAAAUACCUGCUUUUACAAGAAAACCUCUGUUCAACACAGAGCUCUGUCCUUUUUCUGUUAUGAACAAUGACUUCUAGUGAAGAGUUGCCAGAAACAGCUGAUAAGAGUUAAGGUUGACUUUGGUUAUAUUAGAGCAAUUACUACACAAACAUGUUCUGGAAGUACUGUAUCUGUUGGUUGGGGAGACUGCAAUUUAUUGAUUAUAUUAAAGUGUAAAUAACUAUAUAAGUAUGUGGAUUAAACAAAAUUGUAUUCUGCAAAAAAAAAAGGGUGGUGGGAGGGUGGGAGGUACUUGACUGAGCCCAGGGCAGUAAAUUCUGGAAGUUAAAUGUCAUUAAUUGUUUUACUACACUGUCCUGAAAAGAUAGCUUCUUCUAAAGGAAAGAAUAGCAGAACAAGACUCUCUGCUGACAUCUUUCAAAGUCUCAAAAAACAGUGAACUGUUUUAGUUUUUUAACAUUCUUAAAUUUUGUGAUGUAACUUGAGGAAAUAAGAUUUCUUGUAAGAUACCACAUGGGGUGUGUUGAGGUCCAUUGGAGUAAAAGGCCCUUUAACCUUUUAGUUUAUGAAACCUCAGAUUCAUAAUGCUCAUUUUUCUGAUGAGUUUCUUUGGUCUUUACUAACAAAACUUAAGAAGAACCUGCAGUAAGCCUUCUAGCCACAAAAACCAGCCUGAACAGGUACAGAAACAGAAGAAAGAAAUGCAGAAUGGUAAAAGCACAGCAUUUUCAAGCAAAGCUAUUUUUCAAAUAUCUCCCCAAAAGUCUCAACAGUGGCAACAUCUUUUGGUGUAAUUAUUAUUAUUUGUUUAACCAGUUGCGUAUAAAUAAAAUGUAUUUUUGUAAUCAUUAUGUAAAUAGUUAGUGUGUAUUUAUAGAAAUGAUCAAUGUGCUAAGAACAGGAAAUUACCAUAAAUGAACAGAAAAAAAUAAUCAGCAUUAUGGUUGGAGAUUCUAUAUGCAUAGGUAGGAAAACAACUCUAUUGAAGAACCAAAGAAACUCAAUUUUCCAUAAAAUGAAUAUAAUGAAAACAAUACUGUAUUCUAAUCUCCUAUCAGCCAAUUAAUGCAAAUUGUAUCAUUAUAAUAGGAUACAUGUACAAGUUUUCCAUGUUGAAUUGUUGCCUGUUCCAAUAUACUUUGACACUGGAGAUGAAAAAUAUUGUGACAAUUGAAUCCUGAUCAUUCUUGGCAGAUUUCUGAUGGGACUCAAUGGGAGUUGCAGCCAAACCCUUUUCAGAUUAGCUGAGUUUUACCAAUGUCUACACAGAGAAGUUGAGAGCUUGCUAUCUUAAAACUGCUGAGCAACCUGGUGCUCUCAACACACUGGGACAUCUCUGUUUCAUCCUAUUUUACCUGGAAGUGGGUGUGAUGGGUAGCAUAACAUAGGACAACAGACAGUUCCAGAUUUGUUUGUACUGUGGUGUGUGUUAUGUCUAGGGCCAGUGCAGUUCAUAUCAGGUCGGAGAGGUUCGUCUGCAGUUGCCAAUGGCUCAUCUGGUGGCCACACAGGGACAGGCCUUCUCUGUUGGUGUCCUGAGUCUCUGGAAUGCACUCCCUGCUGAAAUAAGAGCCUGCCCAUCUCCAACAAUUUUUUAAAAGUACCUAAAGACUUAUCUUUUUGCCCAAGCUUUUUAAUUUGCCUGUGGGUUUAAAUUGUUUUAAAGUUCCCUCUGCCCUGUGUUUUGACUUGUUUUAUGUUGUUGUAAACUGCCCAGAGAUAAAAGUGAGUGGUGUACAAAUUUGAUAAAUAAAAAAAAUAAAAAAAAAUGUUAACCAUUUAAUUUAAGUCAGGGGUUCUCAAACCCAGGUCCCCAGAUGUUGCUGGACUACAACUCCCAUCAUGAUAAUUUGCGGGGAGAUAUGAUAGAGGUCUAUAAAAUCAUGCAUGGUGUGGAGAAAGUGGCGAGAGAGAAAUUCUUCUCCCUCUCACAUAACACUAGAACCAGAGGUCAUCCCAUGAAAUUGAUUGCCAGGAAAUCUAGGACCAACAAACGGAAAUACUUUUUCAUACAACGCAUAAUCAACUUGUGGAAUUUUCUGCCACAAGAUGUGGUGACAGCCAACAACCUGGAUGGCUUUAAGAGGGGUUUGGAUAACUUCAUGGAGGAGAGGUCUAUCAACAGCUACUAGUCGGAGGGCUGUGGGCCACCUCCACCCUCAAAGGCAGGAUGCCUCUGAGUACCAGUUGCAGGGAAGUAACAACAGGAGAGAGAGUAUGCCCUCAACUCCUGCCUGUAGGCUUCCAGCGGUAUCUCGUGGGCUUCCAGCAGCAUCCUGGUGUGAAACAGGAUGCUGGACUAGAUGGGCCUUGGGCCUGAUCCAGCAGGACUGUUCUUACGUUCUUAUCAUUCCCAGCCACACUUGCCAAAGAGUGUCAUAGUCCAACAACUUCUGGGGACAUGAUUUUGAGAACUCUUUAUUUAAGUGGAAGUAAACUUGUCUGUGAUGACUCCUUAAUUUUAUUUUGAAAACAAAUGCUAUUCAAAUCUGAAAUUUUGUUUAAAAUGAUAUAAGAAAUUGAUAUAUUACUUUCAUUUUAACCUAGUUAAGAACUGAAAUUAUUCUAUUUUAGAAAAUACUUUUAAUUAAUCAAUAGUGUUAGAAGGUCUAUAAGAGUUUUACUACAGAAUUGUGUUUUAGGAGCUUGGCCUUCAGAUGUACUAAGAAACUUAAGUAAAUGCACUAAUGGUUUUUGAAGCCAAUGGCCUUUUGCUCACAUGAGUUGCAUUCAUAACUAAUUAAAAAGAAAUCUGACCACUUCAUAUUAAUGGUCACAUUCCAGUGCAGGAUUAUGCACGCACAAUCCCAAAUGAUUUCAGUGGGACAAAUAAUUUUGCAAGAUUUUUGGCCAAUACAAAGAAAUGGCCAAUAUACUUGGCCAAUAUAGAGAAAUGCUCAUAGAGAAAUGGAUAAUGAUCUAUAUAUAUAUUUCUCCUGGGUGUGCCCAGGAAAAAUGCGUCCCGGCAGCCCAGCUGAUUGGCUGGGCUGCGGGGGCACCUGAUUGGUCCUGGCGCACCCAGGAGAAUUGCCUGGCUGUGCGGCUGCGGAGGCAAGGCGGCGGGCCCGGCCGCGGCGGGCCAGGCGGCAGCGGCAGGCCCGGCGGCGGCGCAGGCGGCGGCGGCGGCAGGUCAGCUAGAGGCACAGAUGCUCUGUGCCCGGGCCCACUAGUACAUCAUUGUUCCUCCAGACAAUAGUAUCUACAUACAUUAUUUAAGUUGAAAUUCUCUGUGUAAUCAUUUCAUUAAAAUGCUCCCCGAGGUGCACCUGAUAUAUGGGGUUGUAUUUCUUAAUUCAUUAAGCAAUUAAAUUUGUAUGUAACAUGCAUGUGUAAUUUGUAGAAGUUGUAAAUAGGGUACUUAUUUUAAGACAAGGGAGGACAUUUCUGGAAAAAGAAAUAAUGUUCUAGUAUACAGUAUCUGUGAGCGCAAAUGCAAUCAAAGUGAAAAUAUAGUGUAUAAAUAAUUUGUGAUAUAUUAAACAUUUUGUAUGACAA